AUGACUGCCCCUCGUCUCUGCUCGGGAGCCAUCACCGAACAGUCCAAGACUUCCGAGCAACGGCAUGCUGGAGAACUCAAAGCCGCCAAAGCAAAAUAUGCUGAACAUCUCGAGGUGGCUCAGAAGACAAACACAACACUGCUCAAGGAGAAGGACAAGCUGGCUGAGGAGUUAAGGGAGAAGUCCCGUAGCUUGCUCUUGCAGGUCAGCCCUCUCUUUGUACCAAGUUCUCCUUUGCUCUAUCAAUGGAGGAGCCUCUUCUGUUCUGAGAAAUACCUCAAACCCACCAGCUGUUUUACUCAUUCUCAGAUGAAAACUGGUCUCUUUUCAUUUCCAGAUCCUAAUCAAAUAUUAAGAUGUGAUCGAACAAUUCAGUCUUUUGCUAAAACAGGGGAAGGUGGCUCUGGCUAUUGCAAAUACGGUUGGAGCAAGUAUGCUGCUCCAUCUAUGCGCUCUGCUACUUUCUUGGAAUUUGGUAACAUUGAGUCUCCAAUGUAUAGCAGACUUAGACAGUUUUUUUCCACUAUUUAUAGCAGGAUGCAGGUAAGAGCACCAUCACAGCCAGUGGUUGUGUCUAUACCAAUAUUGCAUUAUGAUGAUACUGAAUCUGCAAAAGCAUCAAGACGGCAACUCAAGGAAGCUAUAUAUACAACACUAUUUAACAUGAAUGUUCCUGCUGUUUGUGCAAUUAAUCAGGCAACUUUAGCUUUGUAUGCUGCUAGAAGAACUUCAGGAAUUGUUGUAAAUAUUGGGUUUCAAGUCACAUCAGUUGUUCCAAUUUUACAUGGUAAAGUAAUGCGCAAAGUGGGUGUGGAGGUUGUGGGACUAGGAGCACUAAAACUUACCGGGUUUCUUAAGGAGUUGAUGCAGCAGAACAAUAUUAGUUUUGAAUCAAUGUACACCGUUCACACUUUGAAAGAGAAUCUCUGUUAUGUUGCCUAUGAUUAUGAGGCUGAGCUACUCAAAGAUACACGAGCAUCAUCUGACGCAGCAGGAGAAGGUCAGUUCACUCUUUCAAAAGAGCGGUUUCAAACAGGAGAAAUCUUAUUCCAGCCACGAAUGGCAGGAGUGUAAGUUCUGGAACUUAUAAUAUUUAUUGCUUCACGAGCACUGUCAGGAAAGUUCCAACUGUGUGGAUGCAUGUGAGUGUGUGUGUGUGCUGCAAGGAUAUUAAAACUUCUACCAUAUAAUUCAUCGAAAAAGAUGUCUAGAAAUGCUUUAUGUCUUGAUUCUAGGCGUUAAAAAUGUGACGAGAAUACAGUUCUUCUAAGAGAAUAUAAUUGAGACUUCAUGAAAGUAUAGUGUUUAAAUUGUGAAAAACAUAUGAAUAAUAUUCAUAUAAUCAGGUAGUUGUUUCAUUAUUCUUCUGCAAAUUUGGUACAGCUAAUCUUGUUUUUCACUAGAAUUGGAACUCUAUAAUAUUGUAGUUUUUGUAAG